UCCUAAAGCAAUUCCACACAUGCGCAGAGUAAGGAAAGAUUUUAUAGAUCGCAGUUCUGGCAGUCACAGUGAAACAGCCAAGCCGGUCGGUGGCGCCUCAGAACAAUGUUCUAUAAACGAAACUCCAUGGCGCUGUCGAUCCUAGUCCUGGCCACCUGCCUGGCCGGGGCACAUUCUUGGGGCGGGCUGUUCAACCGCUUCAGCUCGGAUAUGCUGACGAACCUCGGCUACGGACGCGGCCCGUAUAGGCAUUACGCGUACGGACAGGAGCCAGAGGAAGUCUACGCUGAAGCUCUAGAAGGCACCGGGAACCGGCUGGAUGACGUCAUCGAGGAGGCGGCCCAGUGCUACAGCUCCCCUUGCGUGAUCAAUGGAGACUGCUGCAAUGGAUUCGUGUGCUUGAAUACUGAGGACGGAGGUCGCUGCCUGCCCGCGUUCGCCGGGAGGAAGCUCGGGGAGAUCUGCAAUCGGGAGAACCAGUGCGAUGCGGGGUUGGUUUGCGAGGAGGUAGUGCCAGGUGAGAUGCACGUCUGCCGCCCUCCCACCUCUGGUCACAAGCAGUACAACGACGAGUGCGCCGUGUCCAGCGAGUGCGACAUCACCCGCGGCCUGUGCUGCAUCAUGCAGCGCCGCCACCGGCAGAAGGCCAGGAAGACCUGUGGAUACUUCAAGGAGCCUCUGGUGUGCAUCGGACCAGUAGCCACGGACCAGGUCCGCGAGUUUGUCCAACACACGGCUGGAGAGAAGAGGAUCGCGGCGUACCACAUGCAUUAAAUCCUCAACACAGAGUAGGAAUUCCGUUUUUGUUUUUUUUAUGCGAAAUGUCAAAGUGACGUUUCGAACUGUCUUGGGGUUUUUUCGGUUUCAUUGCAGAUUUUAUGGCUGGAGGUUUUGUUUUGGAAUAAAAUUUGAAUUGCUUUUGUCAGUUAUGAAAUGUUUGUUUUUGUGUUUACGUCACUCUUGUUGAAAGGACGUGAUUUUUGUGUAAUAAAAAACGAUUCAGCUCCCGAAAAACGGCUACCGAUUUUGCAUUUAUUAAAUUUUUCUUUUAAAAUAAUUAAUGGUUUAAAAAAAUGGCAAAAAAUAUUCUAUAGUCAAAUCGAUAAUGUUUAUUUGAUUUUAUUAAAUAUAUUUUUUAUUAAGUAGAUGUUAGAUUUAAUGUUAAUCAUAUUAUUAUAAAUGUUCUAUUGAAUAUUACUCUUAUGAAUGUUAAAAAUUAGAAUUUUAAAAUUAUCAUUCCAUAAUAUUAAUAAUAAUUGCAAUUAAAUUGUAAUUAGAGAUGAUAAAUGUAACAUAAAUUAAGUCUUCAAAUAUUGAAACUAAUACAUAUCCUGCUGGCUGAGGCAUUUAGUAAUAUUAUACUAUUUGGUGUUAUACUAAACAUAAAAAUAACAUAUCACACCUAGUUAAUAAGUUAUUUCUAGUUAUAAGCGUAACAGAUUUUUUCUUGUCAGUCCUUGAGCAAACUUUGAUAACGUCAAAAGUGUGCUAGGUGCUUGAAACAUAUCAGCAUAAUUUUAAAAUUAGAUUAAAAAAAUGUUUCAAACAUAUCAUCUAGACACUAUUUUAUAUUAUUAUUCUAAGAAGCCUGUGAUUCUACCUAUUUUCUGACAUACAGAUUCUAUUCCAGUUUCCUGUUGAAAAAAAAAAACAAUUUCCAAUAUAUUUUUCCUUAAAAAAUAGCACUGAGGCCUAAAUAAAAAAAAAUGCUUUUUAGUCACAUAGACAUAGUCGCAAAAUGUCUAUUGAUAAUUAUUAAACCAUAUAAAUGUUGUUAGUUUGACUAUAAGACUAUGUUGUAUCAAGUGUAUUAAUAAAUAUUAUGUGUUAAAUUAUAUAAAUUA